AGAGCACCAAGUCUUGAGUUAGGAGAACCUAGAUUCCAUAUGACUUCAGACACUUCCUAGUUGUGUGACCCCGGGCAAGUCAUUUUACCCAAAUUACCUAGCCCUUAACCCAACUGUCUUAGAAUUGAUACUAAGACAGAAGAUAAGAGUUUAAAAAAAGAGAGAUGUGGUAUGCUACAAAUGUGAUUGCAUGCAUUUUCAAAUGAGGUCACUAUUAUUGUUUUUACUUACCUCUUUUACUUUGCUUUCAGAGACCUCUGACAAAGUGUAGGCAAUCUGUAAAUGUAUAUGAUGAGAAAACACCAAUAAAAUAUGUUUUCAAGAUGGAUUUUUCUGAAUGACAGCUUUUAUGUACAGCUUUUCUAUUGAUACAAGUUCUUAAAUCGACUGUAUCUUGAUUUUGGGGGGAAGGGUACAAUAAGACUCAGACUAAGAGGCAGCAUAGUGAAAUAAAUAGAGAGAGGACUGGGCUUGGCAUUAGAAACACCCUUUAGUUCAAGUCUCCUUUUGUGUGGCCAUAAGGAAGUCAAUAACCUCUCAAUACCUUAGGUAAACUCACCUAAGCUAUAUUGUCAUAAGUAAGUUGCUAAAUUUAUGGAGGGAUUUCCUAAUGAAAUCAUGGGUCUUCCCCACUUCCACCACCACCACCAAAGGGUAGGGGGAUGAACUCAGACUGAGAAUUUUUGAAAAGUCAUUAAUUUGUAGAAAUCUGAAAUGUUGUUACUUUUCUUUUUAAUCUAGAGAAUUAAAUUAUACCUGUGAAUCAGGGACAAACAUCCUAUAAAUCUAUUGCUUUCUUUGAGGAAAAAGAGGUCUGCUUAAAUCUAUUUUGAAGGUCAUCCUAAUCAUCUGAGACAAAGUGGUUUUCAUAGUAUCAUCAUGUCCGAGAAGUUUGUUUGGCUACUUAUUCUUCCUCUGACUCUAACAGGAACAGUCUUCAGUGGGAAUGUUCUGAUUUGGCCCACAGAUGCCAGCCACUGGCUAAAUAUUAAGAUCAUUAUAGAAGAACUAGCUCAAAGAAAUCAUAAUGUCACUGUGUUGACUUCACAAAGUGCUCUCUUCAUUAAACCCAGUCCUGAAUUACAGGUGAACUUUGAGGUGUUUCCUGUUCUUUUUGGAAAGAAAGAUAUAAAUUCCUUGAUUCAUGAUUUAAUUAUGCUGUGGUUAGACCACAGGCCAACUCCUCUGACACUCUGGAAAUUCUAUCAGGAACUGGGAAAAUUGUUUGAGACCUUCUAUAAAGUUAAUAUACAAAUCUGUGAUGGAGUGCUAAAUAAUCAAAGAUUAAUGGCGAAGCUUCAGAUGGAAAAGUUUGAAGUGUUAGUAGCAGAUCCAGUAACCAUCUGUGGGGAUCUAGUUGCUCUCAAGUUAGGAAUUCCAUUUAUGUACACCUUGAGAUUCACACCUGCCUCCACAGUGGAGAGACAUUGUGGGAAAAUCCCAGCGCCUGUUUCCUAUGUACCAGCUGCCUUGUCAGAACUCACUGAUCAGAUGCCCUUUGGAGAACGAAUUAAAAAUAUGUUGUCUUAUUAUCUGCAAGACUAUAUAUUUCAGUCCUACUGGGGAGAAUGGGAUUCAUACUACAGCAAAAUUUUGGGUAAGUCUGGAUAAUCUAUAAAAUUUUCCUUUCUGUUGACAAUUUAAGCCCUGAACCAGUCUAUCACAGGAAAUACUUUAUUACUUUAAGGGUAAAGAAUGACUAAACUGAAAUGAAACCUUUCACCAUGGAAAAAGGGAAGAGCCUUCUAAAUAAGAAGGGUCUUAUUCCUUUCCAAAUACAAUGUGUAAAAUGAUAUGUGACCCAGGAGGGAUACACCCAUAAGGAAUGAAAGAGGGUGAGAACGUUGUUGUUAGCAUUAAUUCUUUGGAUCAAACCCAGGUUUGAGGCUCAAAAAUUCUUCCCCUUUCUUUUUAUUACAUGCUGUAGUUUCCUCCUGUUCCCCAGUAAGCUGCUUGGCAUUUGAAGAAAGUAACAUGUGAUAGUGCCCUUGUUUUUUGCAAAGAUCUUUAUAUAACACGGAUAUCUCACUGUAAAGUAGUUCAUAGCUAUUC